AUGGAACUCCUCUCUCAUAGUGGGUUUGAGUGGGAUGAGAGAUAUAAGAUGGUUAUCGCGAAUGACUCUGAUUGGAAUGAAUAUAUCAAGAGACAUCCAGAUGCAAGGCAAUUGCAAGCCAGGUCUAUUGAGAAUUGGGAUGAGUUACGGAUGAUCAUUGGCAAUGAGCAGCCAGGUGGAUAUUGGUCUGAAGUUGGUGCCAAACUUGACAGCAAUCCUACUCUCAACGAGGAAGAGGAUGUUGAAACCCCCGUAGAGAUGUUUGCUAAUGAAGAAAUGUGGCAUGAUAAUGCUAGUGAUGGCAUGCAAGGAUCAUCACAGCAGACGAGGGCUAGGCCUUCUUCAUCGUCACAUUCCAAACAACCAUUGAAGAGGAGACGUUCAAGUGAUAUCUUGUUAGAAAUGGUGAGUGCCAUGGCUGCAGAUAUUGGUAGGAUAGCGGAUGCAUUGACGGAAUAUAAGAAGAGUGUGUGCUUGGAUGAACUCUUUGAAAUGGUGCAGACCAUUCCUGACUUUGAUGAUGAUCUUAUCAUUGAGGCAUGUGAAUAUCUUUCUUUUGACGAGAGGAGGGCGAUGAUGUUCAUGAAAUUAAAUGAGAGAUUGAGAAGAAAGUGGGUGUUAAAACGUUUGCGUGGUUAG